UUUUCAACGUAGUACAAUCAUCGUCUUUUUCUUUUCACUGUUUUCGUCUCCAGUCGAAAAAUUAUCAAAAAGUUGGAAUCGAAUCGAAGAUGCAUCUGAUAAAUGCGGUGGCGGCGGGGAGGAUGUUAGCCGCUGUCGGCCACCCGAACAGCGACGGAGAAGCUAUCCCGUUCGGGUCGUUGUGGUGGUUCAUCUACGCCGGAAUCUCUUGCUUCCUCAUCCUCUUCGCCGGAAUCAUGUCCGGACUCACUCUGGGUUUGAUGUCCCUUGGUCUCGUCGACCUCGAGAUUCUCCAACGUAGCGGCACCCCCAGUGAGAAGAAACAAGCUGCUGCUAUUCUUCCGGUUGUUCAAAAGCAGCAUCAGCUUUUGGUGACACUGCUUCUCUGCAAUGCUGCUGCAAUGGAGGGACUUCCUAUAUACUUGGAUAAGCUAUUCAAUGAAUAUGUUGCUAUAAUCCUUUCAGUCACUUUCGUUCUAUUCUUCGGUGAGGUUAUUCCUCAAGCUAUAUGCACCAGGUAUGGACUUGCUGUUGGAGCAAACUUUGUCUGGCUUGUCCGGAUCUUGAUGGUUAUCUGCUACCCGAUAGCUUAUCCCAUCGGAAAGAUCUUGGAUUGGGUGCUGGGCCACAACGAAGCUUUGUUUAGGCGGGCUCAGUUGAAAGCUCUUGUAUCGAUUCACAGCCAAGAGGCUGGUAAGGGAGGUGAACUUACACAUGAUGAGACAACGAUCAUAAGUGGAGCACUGGAUUUGACAGAAAAGACUGCACAGGAAGCCAUGACACCGAUUGAAUCAACGUUUUCCUUAGAUGUCAAUUCAAAGUUGGAUUGGGAGGCUAUGGGGAAGAUCCUAGCACGAGGUCACAGCCGAGUGCCUGUCUAUUCCGGGAAUCCAAAAAAUAUCAUUGGACUUCUUUUGGUAAAGAGUCUUCUUACAGUUCGCCCAGAAACAGACACCCCUGUCAGUGCAGUAUCUAUCCGCAGAAUCCCAAGGGUUCCGGCUGAUAUGCCUCUGUAUGAUAUACUGAAUGAGUUUCAAAAGGGAAGUAGUCACAUGGCAGCAGUUGUGAAGGUUAAGGGGAAAACCAAAGUUCCCCCUUCGACAGUGGUUGAAGAAAAACCCGAGGAGAGUAAUGCGAUGACCGAUGAAUCCCAACUGACUACACCCUUGAUAUCGAAGGAGGAUGUCGUCGUCAACAUCGAUAAGAUCAACAAACAAUCUCCUUUGCGAAACAACGAGACGGGAACAAAUGGGUACCCAUCACAUGCUUCAGAAGACAUCGAAGAUGGUGAAGUUAUUGGUAUCAUCACUCUGGAAGACGUUUUCGAAGAACUUCUUCAGGAGGAGAUAGUGGAUGAAACGGAUGAGUACGUCGAUGUACAUAAAAGGAUUCGUGUGGCAGCUGCGGCUGCUGCCUCGUCAAUAGCUCGGGCUCCGUCAAGUCGGAGAUUAACCGGUCAAAAGGGCCCUGGAGGACAAAGUAAACAAGCGCUUAAACCAAAGGCAUCAGGUCCCGAACAAGAUUCCGAAUCCAGGAAACCGCACGUGACGAUUACCGAGCCUCUUCAGAAGAAAAACUGAUGGUUUCGGUUGUACGUUCUUGCUCCAGACAAGAGGCGAUCGUAUUUUCGUUCUCUUGUGCUGAGAAAGAAGGAAAAAGGGGCAGAAACCAAGAUCGAUCUUCGAGCAGGUCGUGUUCUAGCCAUUAUUCCGUUGUCACUAGGGAUUUGGGUUGGUCCAAAUUCUGGAAGAUGGGUUCUGUUGGAAAUAUUACAUGCUAUACACAGAUACAUACACUUUUGUGAUUUAAUUAUUACUCCACAGAUUUAUGUCUCAAUAAAAGUUGUCUAGUCGUUCACAGAUC